CAAUUAUUCACUCAAGGACAUAUUAGGAGAUGAAACAGAUUAUAUAAUUCGUAGGGAAUUGUUUAGAGUUAUGAAUGAUACAGGAUUAGUAAAUAGGAUUGAAUAGUUGUUGAGUUUUUAUUUUAUUUAUUUCCUUCUCGACCAAAUUGUACUCCAGUCCAGUAGGUGGCAGAAAUGCACCUUCUAGGUUGUUUGCCAACCGCUAUAGAAAUAGCAGAAGAAGAAGAUAACGCCUGUUUGUCGUAACCAUAGCUACGAGCGACUACCACACAACACAUGCGUCUAAUAAUGGCGGUAGAAGAAAAACGUGCUGCAGCGGAAAUUAUAAGAUCUUUGGCCCCACACUUAAACUGUUUAAAUGGAUGUGAGAAAAGAACAAGAAAAGGAGCAUUGGAUGAUAUUAAAAAAGAAACUAUCGAGAAAGGUUUGUCAAGUACCGUGUUACAAGAGGUUUUUGCGUGUCUACUGAAGUCGCUUCUGAGAUGCCUAUCAGAUCCUAGUGAAAGAUGCCGAGAAGUUUCUAUUCAGAUAAUUGGAGACUUCAUAAGAUGCGUUUCAAACCCAGAGUCGUCGCUGCCUUAUAUCAUGCCUUCCUUGGCUCAGCGAAUCGGUGGAAAAGAGACCGUAGAACCAGCAGAAGAGUUGCGGCUGUCCAUGAUGGAGGUUCUGUCGCUUAUUGUGGAGGUCUGUGGGAGGCACCUUGCUCCCUACCUGGACGAUAUGAUCAAAAUCCUGCAAAAAACUAUAACUGACCCUUUCCCCGACGUUAUAAAGGAGAGCUGUAAAUGUACAGUACACUUUGCCCGGAUUGUACCUGACCACUUCCACAUGCAAGCAGAGUGCCUGGUUAAGCCCUUGAUGCAGACUAUCUCACACCGGCAUUCACGGGUGCGAAUUGCUGUCAUAGAGGCCACUGGGGCUGUUGUCCUCUAUGGCACAGCAAAGACUAUGGACGAUGUGCUUGCUCACAUGGCACAAAGGCUGUUUGAUAACUCACCCCAGGUGAGGAAGGCUGUGACUUUGGUUUCUGGUGACUGGCUUCUCAACCUCAAGGACAGAUACUCAUACUUUCACAAGCUUAUUCCACUGUUGCUGAGCAGCCUCACUGAUGAAGAUCUAGAGAUAAGGGCUUUGGCAUGUGAGCUUUGGAGACAAGUUGGUAAUCAGUGGGAGAAAGAAAAUGAAGAUGAUCUGAAGGACAAAAUGGACUUCUUACUUUCCCCAACUUUGCAGUACCCUCCUGGAGUGGAGCGUCCAGGGCUGGGCUGCAGGGAGCUGGUGGUGAGGAACUUGUCUAAGCUAAUGCCAGCCUUGUGUCGUGAUGCUUGUGACUGGCUUGGUCAGACACGUGUGAAGACAGUGCAGCUACUGCAUGUUCUCCUGCUGCAUGCCGAAGACCACUGCACGCAACACCUCCAACAACUGCUCACAACUCUCUACCAUGCCUGCACUGACUCUGAACAAGAUGUUAGAACAAACGGUUUGGAGUCAGCCAGGCUCCUAGGGGUGUUUGUUAGCCCAGAGGUCUUCAUCAAGCUAUUGCUGGCUCAUGUGAAGAGCUCUUCCUCCUGCUCCCGUUCUUCUCCUUGGGCUCCUCUAAUGGUGUUGGCAGCAAUGCUAAAGGGGAGCAACAGGAAGGUUCUGGGUCCACAACUUCUCCAGGUUGGACAUGUACUUGCCCAUCCUGAUGUUUGCCAGGAGUCUCAGCAGACCGUGUACGUUGAGCAGCUGCUUGCAUGUGUGGAGGUUCUUCUGGAGGUGUGUGAGGAAGAUUGUGGCAUCAUCAGUCUUCCACUGCUAAAGGUUCUAGUGACCGUGCAAUGUGUAUCCACAGAUCUGCAGAUCCAUACUAAGGCAGAGGAGUGUGUAUUGAGAUUGUCUCUAGUGCUUGGUCUCAGUAAUGUGCAUGAGCUGUACAGACAGCACAUGGCACAGUUGCUGCAGUGGCUGUUGGAAUCCCAAAACUCCUGGUCCACACACUCUAUCCAGAAAACCCAACUGGAAAUUAUCACCUUUCAGUCCGGCCCAGUGGUUGGAGAAUUUCUCCCAGAGCUCAUGCCUCUAUUGAAGAAUUGUUUAUCGCCCAGUCAAGACCCAGAGAUGCGGCUACACAUUUUCACUAUGCUUUCCAAGCUUCUGUUGAAUUCUAGCAAUACACUGGAUUCACAGGGGAAUUUUUACAAGUACCUAGAGGUAUUUCUGCAGGAGCUUCUGUUGCCUAAUCUGGUGUGGCAUGCGGGCCAUACUGCUGCCGCAGUUCGGACUUCAGCUCUCAGCUGUCUACUAGCUAUGCUGCAGGGUGGAACUGUUUCAAAGGAACAGGUUCUGAAUAUGGAGGCAGAAUUCAGUGCUUAUCUAAUUUCAGCACUGGAGGAAGACUCGCAGCUUUCUCGCCUGUUGGCCUGCAGAUCAAUUUCCUCAUUCAUUACUGUUACAGAACAAUGCCUUAACCCAGACACACUCAGCAAGAUCUACCCAGUGCUUUUAAAACGGAUAGAUGACAGCAGCCAGGAAGUGCGAGCAGAAGCUCUGAAAGCUCUGAGUGUGUGGCUCUCAUCUUUAGACAAGAACCAUAAGACACACACAUACCGCCCCAAUCUGGAGUUCAUUUUCCAGCAUUUGCUGCUGUACUUGGAUGACCCUGACCACCAAAUCCAGCUUAUAGUACUGGAGGUUUUGAAAGCCAGCUGUGUUGCAGAUCCUGUUCUCCUGCAGCAGAAAGUGGAGGAAUUGAGAGAGAAACAGCGCAACUCUGAGUACUGUGAUCAGCUACUCCAGUACAUACAGUCCCUCUGAUGCACACUCACAGAGUAUAGUCCAGCAUACAGUGCAUCCGGAAAAUAUUCACAGCACUUCACUUUUUCCACAUUUUGUUAUGUUACAGCCUUAUUCCAAAAUGGAUUAAAUUAAUUAUUUUUGUCAAAAUUCUACAAACAAUACCCCGUAAUGACACAGAGAAAGAAGUUUGUUUGAAAUCUUUGCAAAUUUAUUAAAAAUAAAAAACAAAAAUGGUUCCUCAAACCAUUCCUGAACAAGUAGUCAUUCACUUUAACGAGACAUUCUGUGUGUCUGGCAGGUCAAUCUUCGACAGUGUACAUUUUAUUUAUACAAUUUUGGUCGUCUCCAGGUUAUUGGGCCUUGAAGACUGGUCUUAUAUUUAUGGACUAGGAAAAGGCCUUUGACCGGGUUGAACAUGAAUAUUUGUGGAGGACAUUGGAGAAUUUCAGAUUAAACUCCAUUUUCAUAGCCAUGAUCAAGGUUUUGUACAGUGACAUUGAGAUGGUACAGACGUUAGCAGUGCUUUAUGUACACCUUAGUGUACAGGGGUAUCAGGCAGAGCUGCUCACUGUCCAGCAUACUACAGUGAUGCUUGAAAGAUUGUGAACCCUUUUGGCU